AUGGAACCACCUGGAGUGGAAACUGGAUUAGAGUUUCCAAAAAAUCCAUUGUUGUGUCCGAUUUGCCAUGAUUAUUUCACAGAGCCCUGCAUACUUAAUUGUUAUCAUACUUUUUGUGCACGCUGCUUAAGAGGAAGAGAACAAGAUCGACGUUUAAUUUGCCCUUUUUGUAGACAACCUACAAUGUUAAAAGAUGGAUCAACACUGCCACCUCCUGAUAGUUUGAUGCGUCAGCUGAUUGACAUUGCUAACAGUGAAAAUCCACCAUGUUCCAAUUGUGAUAAACGUGAUAGGCAGAACAUGUAUUACUGCAACACUUGUGGUAUACCAGAAAGUUUUAUUUUAUUGUACAAGUUUUAUGUUUUUUAG